UUUCAGUACAUCAAGAGUGGGUGUCAUGGGAUAUCCCUUGCUGGUCUCUUUCAUAUCAGACUUAUCUUGUACAAUUUACAAGUAACUUUGCAUGAACAGAUUUACCCAAUGCACAACCGAAAAUAAACUGUUGCAAAUUUUUCUAAUUUUUUAAUCCAAAAUUCGAAAAUUAAAAAUCUCAACUCCACCCGUCCAGCCGUUUUUUUCUAGACCAAGCAAAUAACUAGCAUCUUAUUCUUUUUUGUAAAUUCAAAAAGGAUAAAAUAUACCCACCCAAAUUCCAAAAACAUGGGUAAAAUGAUGAUGGAAAAGUAUAGGCGGAAAGUGAAUCAAGUUAUGGAUAUAAAAAAGGACCAAUAAUACCCAUUUUCUUCUCACUUCCAACAUUCCCUCUUUGCUUACAACUCCUUAUGCUUCUUCCAUUCAAACAAAAACUUGCUGACUCAACCAAAUUCACACACCAUCUUUUUUCCCACACAAACUUAAAUUCCCUUCUGUUCCCCUUUUUCAUUUUAAUUAUAAUCAAGAAGUUAAUUAGGGAAAACUAAUUAUCUUCAAAUGGAAAAUAAUGAGCAGCCACAAAUUAUUGAGCCUACUAAGCCAUCAAGAUUCAAACGUAUAUGUGUUUUUUGUGGAAGCAGUCCUGGAAAAAAGCCUAGUUAUCAACUUGCUGCUAUUCAACUUGGCAAUCAACUGGUUGAAAGGAACAUCGACUUGGUUUAUGGUGGUGGUAGUGUUGGCUUGAUGGGUCUAGUUUCUCAAUCAGUUUUUAAUGGUGGCCGCCACGUGUUAGGGGUGAUUCCUAAAACUCUUAUGCCAAGAGAGAUUACUGGAGAAACUGUUGGAGAAGUGAGAGCAGUGUCUGGAAUGCAUCAAAGAAAGGCUGAAAUGGCAAGGCAAGCUGAUGCAUUCAUAGCUUUACCAGGUGGCUAUGGGACAUUGGAAGAACUCUUAGAAGUCAUCACUUGGGCUCAACUAGGCAUUCAUGAUAAACCAGUAGGUUUACUCAAUGUAGAUGGCUACUACAAUUCAUUAUUGUCAUUUAUAGACAAAGCUGUUGAUGAAGGCUUUGUCACACCUGCUGCCCGCCACAUCAUUAUUUCUGCCCCAACUGCCCAUGAACUCAUGUCCAAGCUCGAGGAUUAUGUCCCAAAGCAUAACGGGGUGGCACCCAAAUUAAGUUGGGAAAUGGAGCAACAACUUGGCUACACGACAACAAAAUUGGAAAUUGCUCGUUGAAUUUUCAAAUGAUGGCUAGAAGAUUAAUAUUAAUUAAUAGAGAAGUGUAGUGUAUAAGUUUCUUUGAGGACUUAAAUUCAUCAAUUAUGACUUAAUUACCAAAAGGUAAGAUAUGCUGAUGGGAAAUUAAAGCUUCAGAGAAUUUAAUUAAUUAGUAGCUCCACAGCACUUUUAACUUGCUGUUGAUGAUUAGUUCAAGGAAAAUACUACUAUUACGUAAUUAAUUUGCUUAGUGUUGAUUCAUUUUUGUCCAUUAGGCUAAUCAAAUGCCUAAUUAAACAAGAAAAGUUGAUGUAGUCCAAGUAAUUGCUUUUCUGUCUGUAUAUGAUUGUUCGUUCAUGAUUGUUCAUGUAUAUUAAGUCCUUUUGUCACUCUAAAUAUAGUUGAUUGUGUUUCCUCUAA